AUGGAUUGGUUUAGUGCCGACAGGAGCUCAAUCUGAUAUCCACUAUUUUUCCUUGCAAAGAGGCAGACAGUAGUAGUUGCAUCACAGCCUGAUGUGGAACUUCCUGGUCAGGAAGAGCUUUUCCCGAGAACCAGAAAACGCUAUUUGUCAGACUUCUCUUCGCUAACUCAAUACACAAUCUAGCCAUUGGGUUCCAACGUUAUUUCGACUGUGUUAUCUCGCAGUGGUCAACAGAGAGGAGGGUCAUUUAAGGUUAAUAACACUCAGAGUUAGCUCCUAAGCUAACGUUAGCUCUGUUUUGCUCUCGCUAUGUCCGCCUCGGCUGGAUGCUCCCCGGUGGGUCAGAGCUCGGGCCUCGGCUCCGGGAUGACCAUGUUUCGCUGGCUAGAAGUGCUGGAGAAAGAGUUUGACAAGGCCUUCGUGGACGUGGAUCUGCUGCUCGGAGAAAUAGACCCAGAUCAAGUCGAUAUUACGUACGAGGGUCGGCAGAAGAUGACCAGCCUGAGCUCCUGCUUUGCUCAGCUCUGUCACAAAACCCAGACGGUGUUUCAACUGAACCACAAACUAGAGGCUCAGUUGGUGGACCUGCGCUCUGAGCUGACGGAUGCGAAGGCGGAGAGGAAGGUGGUGGAGAGGGAGGUCCACGACCAGCUGCUGCAGCUCCACGCUCUGCAGCUGCAGCUCCACGCCAAGCAGGGCCAGACAGAGGACUCGGACUCCAUCAAGGAGCGACUGCCUGCAGCUACUUUGGACGAGAUGGAACAGGAGCUGGUGGUCAACAGGAAGGAUAAAAUAGCGGAGGCGCGGCUGGAGGUAGAGAUGAGGCUGUUCAAGAAAGAGAACGAGGCUCUGCGCAGACACAUGGCCGUGCUGCAGGCCGAGGUGUACGGAGCCAGGCUGGCAGCCAAGUACCUGGACAAGGAGCUGGCUGGAAGGGUGCAGCAGAUCCAGUUGCUGGGCCGGGACAUGAAGGGGCCGGCCCACGACAAGCUGUGGAACCAGCUGGAGGCGGAGAUCCACCUGCACCGUCACAAGACCGUCAUCCGAGCCUGCAGGGGGCGCAACGACCCCAAGAAACCCCUGCACUCUCCCGUGGGGCAUAAUCCAAACAUGUUGAAGAAGACUCAGGGGGUGGGCCCCAUCAGGAAGGUGGUGCUGGCCAAAGACGACCAUGAGGGGCUCGGGAUCUCCAUCACAGGGGGGAAGGAGCACGGUGUUCCUAUUCUCAUCUCUGAGAUCCAUCCCACCCAGCCUGCAGACAGAUGUGGGGGUCUGCAUGUGGGGGACGCCAUCCUCGCCGUCAACAGCAUCAACCUGCGAGACGCCAAACACAAGGAGGCCGUCACCAUCCUGUCCCAGCAGCGGGGACAGAUAGAGUUCGAGGUGGUGUACGUGGCCCCGGAGGUGGACAGUGACGAUGAGAACGUGGAGUACGAAGACGACAGCGGACAUCGUUACCGCCUCUACCUGGACGAGCUGGAGGAGAGCAGCACAGCGGCGCCUAGCAACAACGCCUCAUCACUGCAGGCUCUGGAGAAGAUGACCCUCAGUAACGGAGCAGAGAACGGAGACACCGGGCUCUCCAGCGUGACGACUUCAGAGGAAUCCCCCUCGAAGCCCCCGGAGAGCGACGGCUCCUCCUAGAGGCUCGGGGGGGCCGUCGGGAUUCGGAGAUAAAAAGAGGAGUGGGGGGGAUUACGUCUCUCAAAGAACUGAAUCAAAGACAUAGAAUUCUGCUACACACCUAGGGACGAGGGGAAAUGGCAGAGUUCUGUUUUCCCUCUUUCCUCUUGGUGUUCAGGGGAGGGGGGAUCGGGGGGGGCAUGUGGCAAUGAUUGGGGCAGACGUACACAUUUUAAGAAGUUAAAUGCGUAGAGGAGGGAGGGAUACUGAAUCAUGUUUGACUUUUGUCUGAAUAUUUUAUUAAGAUCCUGAUGGAUGUUGACAGGAAGUACAUGUUUCCGAGCUGGAGGCACAGUGACAUGAGAGAGGAAGUUACUGAAAUUGAAAAUCUGUUUUUGAAAAACACCUUUUAGAGUGUUUUCUUGUGUUUGUAUAGUUACUAUUCUGUUCUCGGCAAAAGUGUGAGAAGACUGUGUCGUCCUACAGAGACAGAAACCAGGAACAUAUCUUGGAAAGGAAAUAAAUAAAUGUUUUUUAAAAGUAUGUUGACAACCUUCUAGCUAAAGCUAUCCAGGCUCUUUCACAUGAGAUGUUUAAUCAGAUUGAAAACAACCCUGUGAAAUAAAUACCAAAUGGAGAAGUGCU